ACGCGAUCUGAAACACCGGAGACGCAAUUCAAAAAAGCAACCUUGUUGUCCAUAUAAUUUAUAAAGCAUUUCCCGUGUGUGAUCAAUUAAUUCCAAGCACUUUGUGAGCGAUUCGCCCGACUGAUUGUUUCUUUCUGUUUUCAAAUGGUCUAUCUUGCAAUGCUUCCGAUUCGUUCCUUCCAAUUUCAGCUCCUGUGGUGCUCCGUACUAGUUUUGGCCCCACGGCCUGACAUUGACUUGAACUUGACGCCGGAGGAAACCUCCGAAGAAGCCUUGUCAUUCACAGAACCGGCAACUCCUUCAAUUCCGAGCGCGGAAGAAAGUCUCCUUGGGAAACGGAAAUUCCACUCGGUUCAACUUUCAAGCCUCAGCCCACCUGAACCCCGUGCUUGUCUAUCGCAUGCUGAUAGUGGAUCAAUAAGCACAGAUCUUAUCAAGCCAAGGUUCGCAGCCGAAAGUGCGUUUACCCCAGACCACUCUGGGUUCCCAGACUCCUUUGUCGCGGUUGAUCAGGUAGUUGGGAAUAGAAUAAGGCGACUCUUGCCUGCUAGUGACCAUAAACAAGGAUUUGCACAUGACCCACAGAGCAGUUGGCCAUCGUAUCGGACAAGUCUUGAGCUGUCAAACAACAAUGUAGCAGGUUUUCUAUCCAACAACCAGGUUAUUGAAGAACUCCUUAGUAAAUUUAGCAAAACGUUUCGCCAAACAAUUCAUUCAGAGGACUAUCACUCCAGCCGGAGUGUUUCGAUCGACAAGCACCCGCACAUUCCCAUCGCAAGGUUCUAUCGUGCAAACGGCCCAGGGAAAUUGGCGAAAGUCUUACACCACAAGCACCUCCGCCAACAAAUCAACCGACGCCUGUUGACGAUGUACAAUCGUUUGCUGAUAUCCUCAUUCAAGAUCAAUGGUGCAUUAUUAAUUCUCCUGAACAUACCAAUAUUGAAUCGUAGAAAACAGCAGCAAAGAUUUUUCGAAUGGCUGGAAAAAGAAAUAUUUGAGCCCACCUCCGGUGUUCCUGUAUUGGGCUUCGCCGCUCGGCCCGAUCUUCAUUGGGGUUCAGGGGCUCCCGAGGUUCAAGUUGGGGAUCCUCAAUUAGAAUUGAUCAAGUACUUCUCUGAGGAAAAUUGCGAUCCAAAUAGCUGUGCCUCCAGUCUACUCAAAUUGUACCGAACGCAACAUCAAAUUUUUCUGGGUGAUAUCUUCCAACGUUCCAUCACUCAUAAGCCGAAUAUUUAG